UUCCUCUGCCGCUCCUCCCUCUCUACAACGCGCGCUGCCGCAAGAAGCAAGCGUGGUCUGGCGUGGUUUUUGCUAACACGUGGUGGAAGAGAUGGGACGGCCAGGCUUCACUCCUCGAGGUGAUCGUGGCGGCAGAGGUGGCCGCGGAGGUUUUGGUGAUCGUGGCGGCCGUGGAGGCUUCGGUGACCGUGGUGGCCGUGGCGGAGGCUUCGGCGGCCGUGGAGGCUUUGGUGGUCGUGGUGGCCGUGGAGGCUUUGGCGACCGUGGUGGUGAUGGUGGCGGCUUUCGUGGCGGCCGUGGAGGCUUUGGUGAUCGUGGAGGACGGAGCAGUUUCGGCGGCGGCGGCGACGGGGAUGGUGGUGGACGUGGUGGCUUCAGAGGCCGUGGAGGCUUUGGAGGUCGUGGUGGUUUCGGAGGCCGUGGUGGCUUUGGGGGUCGUGGCGGAAGAGGGGGUGACAGGGGCGGCAGGGGAGGUGGACGAGGCCGUGGUGGUGGAGGACGUGGUGGCUUCAGGGGAGGCAAGAAAGUUUUCAUUGAGCCUCACAGGCAUGAAGGCGUCUUCAUUGCACGCGGAAAAGAAGAUGCCCUGGUCACCAAGAACCUUGUGGUCGGAGAGUCUGUCUAUGGAGAGAAGCGCAUCUCAGUUGAGGAGAAUGAGGCGAAGAUGGAGUACAGGGUAUGGAACCCCUUCCGGUCCAAGUUGGCUGCAGCCAUCCUUGGUGGUGUAGACCAGAUACACAUGCCACCAGGCUCUAAGGUGCUCUACCUUGGAGCAGCCUCGGGCACCACUGUCUCUCACGUGGCCGACAUCGUUGGGCCGGAGGGCCUGGUCUACGCCGUCGAAUUCUCUCACAGGUCGGGUCGUGACCUCAUCGGGGUGGCACAGAAGAGGACGAAUGUGAUCCCUAUCAUUGAGGAUGCACGACAUCCACACAAGUAUAGGAUGCUUGUUGGCAUGGUGGACACCAUCUUUGCAGAUGUUGCUCAGCCUGACCAGGCGAGGAUAGUUGCUAUAAAUGCUCACCACUUUCUCAAAAAUGGUGGGCACUUCGUCAUAUCCAUAAAGGCAAAUUGCAUCGACUCCACGGCUGAGCCCGAGGCAGUGUUUGCUGGUGAAGUCGAGAAAUUGAAGCAGGAGCGGCUAAAGCCGCAGGAGCAGAUAACACUGGAGCCCUAUGAAAGGGACCACGCUGUGGUCGUUGGCAUGUACAGGCCGCCGAAGAAAUCUGAAGGGUGAUCCUCGGGACCCGGUGCAUUGCUGUUUUUAUUAUUUUCUUUGUUUUUAUCGUCUCGUACCAGAAUCACAAGGCGCGCUGCUUGUGUGUGAGCUGUAAUAAACCCAUCUUUUCACAAAA